AUCUGUUCCGGGUCACGACAACACUUCACUUUUGUUCCGAGAGCAGGUUCAGUCAUUUGUUUCUGCAACAUUAAAUCUACUAAUUUGCGUUUCCCCCUAAGGAAUUCAUAUUCAACAACUAGUGAUGGCUGUUAAUACAGGCACUUCUCUGGUGCUCUCCAGUCUGCUGUCCGUGCUGGUUUUUGCCGGAAUGCAGAUGUUUAGUAAACAGCUGGGAUCGACUGAGUGGCUCACCAUCCUGGGAGGUUUCCUGGGCUCAGUCCUCUUCAUCUGCUCCCUCACAGCCUUCAAUAAUCUUGAAAAUUUGGUAUUCGGGAAGGGAUUCCAAGCCAAAAUAUUCCCAGAGAUUCUGGUGUGUUUGUGCCUGUCUCUGUUCGCUUCUGGCCUGGUGCACCGUGUCUGUGUCACCACAUGUCUGAUAUUCUCGCUCUUUGCCUUGUACUACAUCAACAAAAUAUCUGCUGCCCUCUACCAAGCAGCUGUCCCUGUGGUUGCACCAGCCAAGACUACCAGCAAGGGAAAAAGGAAGAACUGAUCAACCUGGGCCAUAACUGCAUUCAUUUAAUCAGUCAACCGGCUGCUGAUGGUCGCUAUACAAACAAUUGUAACAUUUAUUGGCAAACGGCUUCAAACAUUUAUGAGCCAAGUUUGAUUCAAGCUACUUUUUAAGCAACUGAUUUUGCAAAGAUAACGUGAUAAUCAGUCACUUACAGUGACAGAUUGUUGUUUUGAUACUGUAAUCUAUCAACUUGAGUCAUAAAGAAGUGCCCCUGAUAUGCAUAAGGAUUAUAAUAAAUAUCUAAAUGGCUCUACAUUCCAUUUCCCUCCCUUUUUUUCAGCACUGGUAGUUGCAUAGACAUUCAUCCACCCUGUCAUGUUGUAUGUAUGUCCGUCAGUACAUCAAAUUGUUUUUUGUUUUGUUUUUUUCAUGAAUUUUGUAAUUAAACUCUGAAGAACUUUGAA